AUGGAACAAUCACAAUCAAUAUUCUAUACAUCGUUUAUGGAUGAAUCGGAUACAAUACAAUAUUCGAAUGAUGAUAAGAAACCUGUUGAAUUCAAAACAAAACAAGAAACAAAAAUUCCAGAAGCUCAAAAUUUGAUAACCGAAACUGUUGAUGGUACGUAUCAACAACAACAACAACAGCAAUUAACUACUGUUGAUCUUUACCAUUCUGAACAUGAUGAACAACAACAACAAGUUGUCAGACCCAUAAUAAUGUCAUCUUAUCAACAUCAAGAUGUUUUAGUUGGAUAUGCUGCUGUUAAUGUCAACGAAAAUGGCAAUAAUGUUGUUGUUGAUGAUGGCGAAAAUAAAAUGAAAAUGAUCCAUGAACAACAGACAAUAAAAACGUCAAACUUUAUAAUGGAUAAUGGAUCUUUUCAUCAUGAUGAUGAUGGAUCCAUCAUUGUCAACAUCUCAUCAUCAUCAUCAUCAUCACAACAACCUAUUAUACCGUCGAUGAUAAUACAAAUAUCACCGGAUGAUAAUAAUAAUAAUAAAAACAAUAACCAAAAAAUUGAUAUCACGGCUAUUCGAAGACGUGUACGAUGCGAACUAUUCAUAUAUGCAUAG